CAUUACUCAUCCCAAUCUCCCACCUGUUGGAGCCUCAUUUGGAAAGUUGAGCAUGUAAACGACUGAACAACAGGGUUGAUAGAAAAAGCUAGAAAGAUUUCCAGUUUCAAGCUACAGGGAGCCCUCCUGACUACACACAGUGCAAUAAGAACCACCUCACUUGGACAAGAAGUGGAAUUCAAAUAUAACGUGCCAUCUGCUGCUCAAGGCUCUGAGUAUCUGGAGGAACUAAACCUCGACUGACCACACAGCACCAUGGCUAAUUAUGACUCGUUGGAUGACAAGGACUCUGUGGAUAUUCAUGACAACCCACCUCUCCCUGAUAAUGUGGUGAAAGAAGAGGACAACACGGUAUAUUUCAUCUAUGAUGAAGAGGUAGAGGAUGAAGAGAAAGAUGAACCACCUCCAGAACCAGUCAAACCAGUCAAUGACAAACCACACAAAUUCAAGGAUCACUACUGCAAGAAGCCAAAGUUUUGUGAUGUCUGCGCACGCAUGAUAGUUUUAAACAAUAAAUUUGCAUUGAGAUGUAAGGACUGCAAAACCAACAUCCACCACCAGUGUCAGUCCUACGUUGAGUUCCAGAGGUGCUUUGGUAAAAUUCCUCCAGGAUUCAGAAGAGCCUACAGUUCUCCUCUCUACAGCAGUCAGCAGAAUGCCACAGUCUCACAGCUGCUGCCCUUUUCACAGUCAAAUCGCACUGACCCUGUGUUUGAGACGCUGCGUAUUGGUGUGAUCAUGGCCAACAAGGAACGGAAAAAAGGGUCAGAGGACAAGAAAAAUAUGAUGAUGAUGAUGAUGGAGGAUGAGCCCAAACAGGAGGAUGAAGAAGGUGAUGGAGCAAACACAGAAGGAGACAAAAAGGGAGACAAGGCUCCUGCUGAUGACAAGAGUAAAAAGCUUCAGCCAGGGAAGAUCGGUGUGUUCAGUCAGUCUCACUACUAUCUGGCUCUGUACCGCUUCAAAGCCAUAGAGAAAGAUGAUCUGGAUGUUCAUGCUGGUGACCGCAUAACAGUGAUAGACGACUCCAAUGAAGAAUGGUGGAAGGGGAAGAUCAGAGAGAGAACAGGCUUCUUACCUGCCAACUACAUCAUCCGGGUGCGAUCAGGAGAGCAGGUCUACAAGGUGACACGCUCCUUUGUUGGGAACAGAGAGAUGGGCCAAAUCACUCUAAAGAAAGACCAGAUUGUGGUGAAGAAGGGCGAGGAGGUAAACGGCUACCUGAAGGUGAGUACAGGACGGAAGCUCGGCUUCUUUCCUGCCAACCUGCUGCAGGAGAUCUGAGGAGGGAUCGUAUCAAAUCUCCUGGCCUGCUCCCGUCUCAGUUUCAUCACCUGCUGUGCCUGACAUGCUUGUUAUAGGUCCAAAGCAGCAAUAACAUUUUGAUUUCAAUGUUGGUAUUUUUCUUUGUACGUUUGUAAUGUUCACACAUAUAAAGCCUGUGGGCAGACUGUUACACACAUUCUACAAUUUACACUAUGUAUUAAGCAUGUAUUUGUGAUAACAAUUAAAGGAGGGUUUGGAAAUGAUGUAACCUCCACUACAUUUUCAAUGCAAAUACUUUAUUCUUUACCACUACAUUUAUUUGACAGCGUUAGUUACUAGUUACUUUGCAGAUUUAAAUGAUUAACACAUGAUAUAAAUCAAUUCAUGAAUUAUGGUUAAGAAUAGGUUAAGCUACCCAGCAGUAUAUAAAGUAAUUCAAAUGAGGACCUUUAACAAGUGGAAGAUCUAGGUGAUAAACACAUUCCGUAAUAUACAUUAUUCUGAAAUGGGCCAUUCUGCAUUGGUACUUCAAGUAUAUUUUCAUGCUAACACUUUUGUACUUUUGCUUAAGUGAGUUUCAAUGCAGGACUUUUACUUGUAACCGAGUAUUUUUAACACUGCAGUAUUGCUUUUACUCAAGUUAAGGAUCUGAAUACUUCUUCCACCACUACUUAAACAAAGCUGCUCAUGGGAAGGAGUCACAAAUAUAACUGACUGUUAUAUUUUUCCCGGGUUAGAAAUGAACAAACCUGUCAGCACAUGUGUGUGUCUUUCAGUCAGUGACAGCAGUGGCAAACAAUACUUUCUUAGAUUCACAUUAUUUGAGUGUGUUACAUGAUACAGACUUGUAAUGUGUGUGUGUGUGUGUGUGUGUGUGUGUGUGUGUGUGUGUGUGUGUGUGUGUGUGUGUAAAAGAGGUGUCAUAGAAACAGGAAAAAAAGGUGCUGAAUUCGUUAUCAUAGUUAUUGGUGUCAUUCAUAGAAAGAAGAAGAAUGCUUUCAUUUCCUCACGUCGGGGAACAAAUGAUGGGAUUCAAAUGAGAUGGAGGCAUUUCCAGAACUUCAAAAGGAUGCAGAGCUAUUUUCUGUAGCUACCCUGAGUGCAGUGCAAUUAGCCAUAGGAAACACUGUGGGGAUGGGUCGCUAUGUAAAGGGACAGCUCAGAGAUCAGGAAUGCAGGGAAUGGCAUCUGUAGGUCCGAAGAGACAUUCCAUUAGUGACUACAGGCCUGAAUAACAAGACACCUAGACAGACAGACAGACACAGGUUCACGUUGGUUCCUCUUUCCAUUCAUAUUUUUUUUUUACCUUUUCAUCUUGCCUUCUGAUUGUUGCUAAUACAAUAAAUCCUUCUACUUUUGCUCUA